UCCCAGACUGAUUUAAUGUACUCCAGACAGUCUCACUGCAGCACACACAGCCCGUCACUCAGCGCAGCCCAGGCCUGGAGCCUCCUAGUAGAAUGCACAGUGCAGAGGCCCCCCUCUCCCACCCACUGACAAGCUCCCACCCAGUCACCCUGAGCACUGGACAUUGUGGUCACCAGAGAGACCCCUUCUGUCUGUCUCUUCAUCUCCAGGGACUCCCCACAAACUGGACUCUCUGAGCCUCCUGUCAAGGUUCCAUGUGAGCAGCCCCCCCUCUCCAAGCAACAUGUCCAGGUCCGAUGAGGUGAACAGACUGACAGAGAAUGUGUAUAGAGCCAUACUAGACCAGUUCAACCCGAGCCUACGGAAUUUUGUGACGAUGGGAAAACAUUAUGAGAAGGCGCUCUCAGGUGUCACUGUGGCAGCGAAAGGUUACUUUGAUGCACUGGUGAAACUGGGAGAACUGGCCAGCAUCAGUCAAGGGUCUAAGGAGCUUGGAGAUACUUUAUUCCAAAUGGCUGAAGUUCACCGUCAGAUCCAAGUUCAGCUGGAAGAAGUAUUAAAACUCUUUCACUCAGAACUGUUGGCUCAACUGGAACACAAGCUUGAAUUAGACAUUAAGUAUUUAACAGCGACGCUGAAAAAAUACCAGGUGGAGCACCGGUCCAAGUCAGAGUCGAUUGAGAAAUGUCAGUCUGAGCUCAAGAAACUGAGGAAGAAGUGCCAGAACAGCAAGAAUCCCCAGAAGUACGGUGACCGAGAAGUGCAGUACGUUGAAAUCAUGAGCACAAAGCAAUGUGAGCUGGACCAGUUUGUGGCGGAAGGAUACAAAUCAGCCCUCACAGAGGAACGACGGCGAUACUCCUUCCUUGUAGAUCGGCAGUGUGCAGUGUCCAAACACUUUAGUGCCUAUCACAGCAAGGUAAAGGAACUUCUAAGUGCUAAGCUUCCUACGUGGCAACAGUCCUGCACGCAGCCCACUAAACUUCCCGAGCGAGCCCUGAUGCUAGUGAAACAAACCGCCAGCCACACUACAGAGCCAGUCAUCUCUGAUCCAAUGCCAAGCACAAAACCACUGGAGGUCCCCCCGGAGCUGGCACCUCUGUUAGGAGGAGGAGGUCUCAGCUUGAAUAACCGGAUGUCAGUGCAAGAAGUUCUUCCUCUUCCCAAUGGAGAGACCCAUCGCUCAAGAGGCUCACGUGAUAUGGGAAGCCCUGCUCAUAUUGAGCCCCUGUUGUUGAGCCCAGUGGUUUCCUCGCAGCCGGCAACACCAGCAUUGCUCACUCCUCCACCUUCCAAGGCCAAUGAGAUGUUUUCCUGUACCUUACCAAUGCCACGCAAGCUAUCCUCCGAGAACAGACUUGCCACCCUGGUGGAAAAUAAGACCUUACCUCGGAUCAGCCCCCUGUCAGUACUGCCGCCUCGUGUAGAACGUCGGAGAGUGCAGGCGGUCUUCUCACACAAUGCCGCAGAGAACAGCACCAUGCUUAAUUUCAAGGAAGGGGAUAUCAUCCUUCUGCUGGUUCCCGAAGCUAGAGACGGCUGGCACUAUGGCGAGAAUGACUCUACCAAAAUGAAAGGCUGGUUUCCAUUUUCGUAUACUCGUCCCCUUCCUCCUGUAGAGACCUCCGACAAAUUCAACUCCAGCUUCCCAUUGAGCAAACUGAACAGCAGCAGUACUGGGAAACUGGACAAAGUCGGGGUGACUCCGGCUGAAACUGAAGCUGCCAGGAUAGAAGCGGUUAGAUACACACCGUCUCCUCGCACCAGCACUUUCCGACAAAGACCUUUCAGUAUGAUCAACCCGGACAUGCUUCAGUUAGCAAAUGAAUUUGGCAGCCCAACUUCGUCGCCAUCCAGAAACAACCCCUUUGCUCACGUCAAGCUGAAACGCACAGUGACCAAUGACCGAUCGGCGCCAGCCAUCCAGUGACCCCGAGGAUUUGACCACCUACCUUGUCCUUCAAAGCUGCUUCAAUGAAAAGUCAAGAAGAAAGGAAUCAAUGAUGGUAUUCCCAGUCCUGAAUUCAAAGAGCUAAUGUAACCCAGUGUUUGAAGGGCUGCCUUUAUAAUCAUCAUCAAUACUGCGGAUGGUUCUGUUUACAGCGAACUUUUAGAACUUUCCUUCUCUGUUUACUGUGGCUUGUGUGUUAGAGCUCCAGCAUGUUCAAGGCCUCUGGCUGCAGUUAAAGACAUACAGAGCACUAUGAAAUGCCAGUGGCUGCAGCUUGCAGAUUUCAGGAAACCACCUCAACAGUAUUAAAGGACAAGUGGCUCUGCUGAGUUUCUCAACAAAAGCAAAAAGGAGACAUCGAGUUAGCCAUGUGCAUUUGCCUUAAGAUCACUUUUGUACAACUGUUGUUCUUCAUCUCUCAUUGUGCUGCAACUCCCAUCAUCUACAACUUGUAGUUUGGACAUGGAGUUUAUAUAUAUAUA